GAUCAGAACUGUCUGUGUGAAGUUCUCUCAAAUAUUUGAGUCACGGGUCAGGCAAAUUCGUACUCUCUCAACCAUUCCUUCCUCCGUGGACAUUCCGUUCUGAUGGGCCAAGGGAGCAGUUCGCAGCUGGACCUCGUCACUUCAUUGAAAGUACUCGCGAACCGAACUUCCAAGACUCAGGCAAGGAAAAUGCCUUGGAUUUCUUUCAGCAUGAGGCAUUUAGCUAUUACAGCAUUCCUUCUGAUUGUGCAGGUAUAUGUCACCAACUCUCAGCAGAAUGCCAAGGAUCGAUACUAUUCUGAUAUUGUAUUCCUCGUGGAUGGAUCUCGAAAUGUGGGACAAGCCAGAUUUCAAUCUAUCAAGAACUUUAUUUUAAGGAUUGUUGAUCGGCUAAACAUUAGACACAAUAGAUACAGGGUUGGACUUGUUCAGUACAGUGGAGACGCACGAACUGAGUUCUUACUGAAUACAUUUCAGACAAAAGAAGAGAUGACAAAGUACUUACGGACUAAAUACACCUUCAAGGGUGGAGCAGUAGCAAGGAUAGGACGCGGCAUAGACUUUAUGAACCAAAACCUCUUUGUCAAUUCUGCUGGGAGCCGAAAAGAUAAAGGUGUUCCUCAGAUUGCCAUAAUUAUUGCUGCUUCAUCAUCAUAUGAUAAAGUUGAAUCAGCUGCAAAGGCAUUGAAAACCAAUGGCGUGAUGGCUGUUUCCUUUGGUAUAGGAACGGCAUCUGAAAGAGAUCUAAACAAAAUGGCCUUUAUUCAAGCAUACCCAUUUGUAAUCAAAGCUGUUGGCUUUGAUAGUCUUCAGCCAAUUGCUAAUGAGAUGGCCACUGCAAUCGAAACAAUAACACAAAAACACUUUCUGCUAGAAGAGCUUGAAAAACCAGCAGUGUGCCAAACUGCUUCAGUUGCUGAUAUUGUUUUCCUUCUGGAGGAAUCGUUCAGAACUGAAGCACCAGACUUCCAGCUCAUCCUCGAUUUUCUGCAGAAUUUCAUCUCAGCACUUGAUAUUGGCUCAGAGAAAGUGAGGGUCGGUUUGAUUCGGUAUGGAGCAGGUCCGACACCAGAGUUUUUCUUUACUUCAUACCAGAACAAGGAUGACAUUUUAAAACAUGUCAAUGCGAUUACAUUUACACAUUUUAGGGAUGGAAAAAUAAAUGCAGGAGCUGCGCUGAACUAUGUGAGAAGAAGUUACUUUGAGCCAUUGGCUGCUGGCAGCAGGCAAAAGCAAGGAAUUCCUCAGGUUGCAUUUAUGAUCACACAUGGAAACUUUGAUGAUGAUGUAAAAAAGCCAGCUGCUGCCCUUCGACGUAUUGGUGUUGUUGUAUACACCUUAGGAAUGCCAAACACCCGAAGCAGUGAGCUUACAAACAUUGCCUCAUAUCCUCCAGAAAACUUUGUUUUAAGUCUACAAAGUUUUAGAGAUUUAGAAAAUAUCGAAAGAAUUAUCCAAAAGAAAAUCUGUGUUGGGAUCGUCCAUUUCACAUCAGUAAAAUCAGAACAAACAGAUCAAGUACAGCAAAGUUGCAUUGAUACAGAGGAGGCUGAUAUCUACUUCCUCAUGGAUGGGUCAGGCAAAUUAUCAUCUGAAGAUCUCAAAGACAUCAAAGAUUUCAUGAUAGAGAUUGUACGUGUGUUCAAGAUUGGCAAAGACAAAGUUCGGGUUGGUGUUGUCCAAUAUGGAUAUAAUGCACAGACAGAAUUUGACAUCACUAAAUAUACAACUCAAAAGGAAGUAAUAGCAGCAAUUAACAAAAUCAGAUUAACUGGAGGGGAGUACUCAAUGGGAGGCCAAGCACUGACAUAUAUGAAGACGCUCUUUAAUGCAGCGGAUCAAAGUCGUAAAAAUCGUGUCCGUCGUUUUCUGAUCACCAUCACAGAUGGAAAAUCACAAGAUGAGGUUUCAAGAGCUGCUGCAGAAUUAAGACAAAGAGGCGUAGAUGUUUAUGCUGUUGGUGUAGAACAUGCUGAACGGUCUGAACUCCUACAGAUCAGUGGAGAAAUAGAAAGGGUCUUCUACACUAAAAACUAUGAUGCCUUGACAGAAAUAAAACAUGCUGUUUUGCGGGAUAUGUGUUCAAAAGAAGCUUGCAGCAAACUGGAAGUGGCAGAUAUUAUUUUCCUAAUUGAUGGAUCAAGAAGCAUAUAUUUUCUAGAUUUCAACAAAAUGAUUGCUUUUAUAGAGACCUUAAUCAACAGGACUGAAGUUGGCCAAAGCAGAGUCCAAAUAGGUGUGAUACAGUUCAGUACACAGACAAGGUUGGAAUUUCAGCUUAAUCAAUAUCAUGAUAAGAAAAAUCUGUUGAAAGCUCUUCGUGACAUUCAGCAGCUGAAUGAGGAGACCAGUACAGGCCGUGCACUGAAAUUUACAAUAAAGUACUUUGAAAGCAGAUAUGGGGGUCGACCUGGUGAGCGGCAAUAUCUCAUCGUAAUUACAGAUGGUCAAGCACAGGAUGAGGUAUACACUCCCGCCAAAGCUGUAAGGGAAAAAGGAAUUAAUAUUUUUGCCAUUGGUAUUUUCGGUGCUAAUAACAGUCAGCUCGUGGAUAUUGCAGGAUCCCAAGAUAAAGUUUAUCAUGCAGAGAACUUUGAUGCCUUGAAAGACCUUGAUAAGUUGAUCUCAUUUGAAGUAUGCAGUCCAUUUGAAGCAUGCAAAAGGAUAGAAGUUGCAGACAUUGUAUUUGUACUGGAUGGUUCAGACAGCAUAACCACUCUUCAGCAUGAAAAUAUGAUGAACUUUAUGAUGGCUGUGGUGAAUCGUUCUGAAGUUGACAGCAAUAAUGUUCGAUUUGGAGCCAUUGUGUAUGGAAACAAUCCGCAGGCCAUAUUCCAGCUUGAUAGCUUCACAAGCAAAGCUGAGAUCAGAGAUGCAGUUUUGCAGUUUCAGAAAACAACGCAGGGAUCCAGAUAUACUGUAAAGGCUCUACGGCUUGCAAGAAAGCUUCUAACUCCAGAAAAGGGAGGACGAAGCAGAACCAAAGUGCAACAAUUUAUUAUUCUUGUUACUGAUGGAGACGUCAGAGAUUCAAAAGAUAUACCUGACAUUGCUAAUUCCUUGAAUGACGAUGGUGUGAGAGUCUAUGCCAUUGGUAUAUCUGGUGCCAGCAAAGAUGACCUUGUGGCAAUUACAAAAUCUGAAGAGAAAUACUACUAUGCUUUGGAUUUUGGUGUUUUGAAAGGUUUAUCUAGACCAAUUUCUCAAGUGCUGUGCAAUCAAACCAAACCAGGAUGUGAAGUUGAGAAAGCAGACAUUGUUUUCCUUUUGGAUGGUUCAUCGGUCAUAAAAGAGAGUGACUUUCAGAUGAUUAAGACUUCCCUGAAAGAGUUUAUUAGCUUGUUUGAUGUUGGUGAAGAUCAUUUUCAGUUUGCUAUAGCCCAAUAUGGCACUAAGCAAAAGGCUGAAAUCUACCUGAAUGACACUCAUUCUCAUGAUACACUAAGGAACAGAAUUGAUGAUAUGGUCCAGUUGAAGGGAAAUACUGACACCGGGGCAGCAUUACAAUAUGUGAGCAGGUUUUUCCAGCCAUCAGUGGGAAGUCGAAAGAAAGCGAAGGUGCCCCAGUACCUACUGGUGGUUACAGCCGGGCAAUCUAGAGAUAGUGUGGUGGCAGCUGCUAAUGAUCUGAGGAAACAGCAAAUCAAUAUAUUUGCACUGGGUAUUCAACACGCAAACCCCAACGAGCUUCUGACAAUCACUGGAGCAGCAGACAGAAAAAUAUUUAUUAAAGAAUUUAAAGAUAUAAAUAAAAUUAAAAGAAGAGUCGUUUAUAAAAUCUGUACUCCUCUUCCUCCCAUAGAAGAUGAACCAGCAUGCAAGUUAGACAUUGCAGUAGGGUUUGCUUUUGCAAGAAGACCUGGUGUACAGGACAUAUUCACUGACCAGCAAAAACUACAAGCAAAGGUUGGACAAAUACUGAAGGACAUCACGUCUGUGAAAAAUAUCAGCUGUGUAUCUGCUUCUAUGUUAAAUAUCAGAGUGGGCUUUCAUAUAAUAAGCACCACUGGCAGGUCUAUCUUUGAAACUGAAUUUGAAGAGUUCAACCCAUUAAUUGUAGUUAAAUUACUGGACAUACAAAUAGAUGAAAGAAUUGAAUUGAGUGCAGAAUUACUGAAAUCAUUUCCAGAAAGAUUUCGGGGGUCAACUGCAAAUGCAAAGGUGGUACUAUUAUUCACAGACGGAUGGCAUGGCACAAGGGAGGAGCUUCAUCAAUUUCCACAUGUAAUGCAUGCUCAAGGGAUCAAUGCAUUCAUUCCUGUGGUUCUGCAAGGUACUGUGAAUAUUGAUGAGGUCUCUCUUCUUGACUUUGGGACCGGAUCUGGAUACAAACAACAACUGUCAAUUGAUAUGGAAGAUAUUGAGGACUCUUUGCUUAAACAAAUAAGUGCGGUUAUAGCAAGAAAAUGUUGUAAUGCCCCUUGUACAUGUUUCGGAGAACCCGGGGCAAUUGGUUUGCAAGGAGGGAAAGGACAGAAGGCACUUCAGGGUCCAAAGGGAUAUAUGGGCUACCCAGGAGAAGAAGGAGCACCAGGAGAGAGAGGCCCACAAGGAUCUAUUGGCAUUCGAGGUUAUGAUGGAUGCCGGGGUGACAGUGGUGAAAAGGGAAGAAGAGGUUAUCGAGGACAAAAGGGGAGCGAUGGUGUGCACGGUAUUGAUGGAAUAAUUGGAGAGCAGGGAAUCCAAGGUCCUGCUGGAACUGCCGGUGAAAAAGGCAACAACGGAAAACUGGGUAGAAAGGGGCAAAAAGGGCUUUCAGGUGAUCGUGGAGAAACUGGUUCGCGUGGAGACCCUGGGAACCUCGGUGCUGAUAGCUAUGUUCAAGGUCCACAGGGUGAAAAGGGAAAACCAGGCCAAAUGGGUAAUCCAGGAAACACUGGUGUUCCAGGAAAACGCGGUAGUGCAGGAAACCCUGGUCCUGAUGGAAGUAGAGGACAACCAGGGACACAGGGAUCCAAAGGAGCAGUGGGUGACGCAGGUCGUAAAGGAGAUCCAGGAUUCCAAGGCGACCAGGGGCUACCUGGUUCAGCUGGUGUUCCAGGUCAAAAAGGAAUACGAGGAGCUCGAGGUCAACAGGGUCUUCCUGGAAAUACAGGAGUUGAGGGAAUAACUGGAGACAUUGGUCAAAAAGGGAAACAUGGUCAGUUUGGGAAUCCUGGAGAAAAGGGGGUGAUGGGAGCAGAAGGACCUCGUGGAAUGACGGGAAUGGAUGGCAAGCAUGGAUUUGGUUCCGCUGGACCAAAAGGCAGAAAGGGAUCACAAGGAAGCCUUGGAAAUUCUGGUCCACAGGGAGCACAGGGAGAACCUGGAACUCCUGGUGAAAAAGGACCCAAAGGGACAAGAGGCCGUAGGGGUUUUUCUGGCUCGGCUGGUGAUCCUGGUGAUGCAGGCAUGAUCGGGUUUCCAGGAGCAACGGGCCCCAAAGGAUCCCCUGGUCGCAGAUCACAAACGUUAUGUGACCUUGUGAGAUAUAUACAGGACAUGUGUCCCUGUUGUUCACAAAGUAGGAAGUGGAGCAUGCCCAGCCUACCCAACGGAGUUGGCCUUCGCUCUGGACAUAUCUGCAGAUGUCACUCCUCCUGUGUUUGAAAGGAUGAAGAAAAUUGUGAUUAAUUUGUUGAAUGACAUCAAUAUCGCUGAAAACAACUGUCCGACAGGGGCCCGCGUGGCUGUCCUUACGUACCAUAACGAAGCACAGCCUUACAUUCGAUUUUCAGAUU